AUGGAUUGCGAAACCGGGACAAGCAUCAAUCUGACUAGUCUUCAUCGCGACCGUCCGAGCGUCAACGACCGCGAUGUCGACGACAACAACGACCACAAUGAGGAAGGUCGGUGGCGGAAAGACACGCUGGGGGGAGAGAAGGGACGUGCGACGAGGAUAUUCACGAGGUAUACUGCCUCUCUUCGCGCCAGCCUCCCUGCACACGCGUCCCUGCUCCUGCACGUCCCACGCCCCUGCACUCCUGUCCUCGACCGCCGACACCGCGCGCGUGGACCUCUCCUGCGGCCGCGCUUGCGAAAAGUGGCUCGCGUGCGGGAACUACGUCUGAAAGUGGAGAAGCAGCUUGCAUACAGGGAGGGAGAGAAGAAGGCGUGCGCCGUGGUGCAUAGAGACGGCGAGGAGGAGGAGGAGGAGCAGUGGGUCGGGUCGUUUGAUUGCGGGAAUUCGUGCGAUCGUGAGAACUCGGCGCCAACUCCUGCCAUAGUUAUCGAGCUGCAGUUUCGACUGCAGGACAUUCAAGUCUCUCUUGCCUGCUUCAUCGAUAAGAUCCGCGCCAUGGAGGGUAUGCUCUCUGAGCACAAAGCCAUCAAGCGUGAAGUUAGCACCCUCCGCGAGCUGAUAAAGGAAAAAUGCGAAUUAGACAGCGUACGCGGCAGACAAUGCUCAGGGACGCUGCGUGCCAAGGACCACGACGACAGCGAGUACGGCGGCGACGACGAUGACGCGCAGAGUAUCGCAACCGUCAUGCCCCACGAGCUGGAGUGCGUCGAGGAGGAGGACGAGGAGCAGCUGGCGGCGGAGGAAGAAGAAGAGGAGCGGCGGCGGCGGCGGCGGCGGCGGAGAGAUGAGCUAGGUCGACCGAUAACACCGGAGCCUACAGGGAUGGGCAUGGACAUCCAUGGCAGAUCCAAAAUGCACCUUGACGUGCUCAACAUGCACUCACGAUCGCCGCCGCCCCCUCUACGAGAGCCUUUUGCUCUUCAGCCUUCGACGUCUUCCGUGUUCGAGGAGCGCAUCGAUGCCCUCACCUCUCACCUCGAAUCUGCGCUCGAGCUCUCACGCACGCUCCAAGCCCAGCAGGCUGCUGCGCAGAGUACCACCUCCAUGCUUGAGCCCAAGGUCUCCUUGCUCGAGUCACUCGUCCAGGCGUCGCAGACCGAUAUACAGUCGCAUGUCACUGAGUGGAGCGGCGUCCGUGAGGAAUGGGCUGAGGAGCGCAUGCGGAUCAAUCAGGCGCGUGAGGUUUGGGAGGCGCGCGUGCGGGCUGCUGAGGAGGGGUUUGACGGCGCCGUCGCGAAGGUGGAUGCCGGGCUCGCGACGCUGCAGCAACACCGACUCAAGGCGAACGUGAACGAGCGCAACGGUGUCAGGCUCGUCACACCCCCCAGUCCACGCAACAUCUCGUCUGACUCGGGCAAGCGCCAUCGGCGGAAACGAUCGACAAUCUCCCGAGGCCGAUCGCGUUCGCACUCGGCCGAGUCGAACAAGGACGACGGUGGGUACGCGAGCUCAUUCGAGGGCGUGACACUGCUCGAUGACAAGCGCCAGUCAGCUUCCAAAGCACGCACGCGAGUGCCCUGGGCGCAGGAUGAUUCGGAUUCGGACGUGCGUCAUGCAAGCGACGAUGCGAGGAUCAUAGUCGUCGGUCCAGAAGGCAUCGACAGGGUCCACGACGACGAUGACGACGGAGGAUGA